AUGGACUGGUUUUCACUUUUUAUGUUUAAUUUAUUCCCAAUUGUCUUACUUGCCUAUUUAAAUAUUCAAUUAAUGCAAACUCUGAGGCAUAUUGUUAGAAGAGAUUCUUCUGUUUCUGCAAACUUUUUACAGCAAAAUUGUGAAGAAAAUAAUGAACAAAUUAGAGUUUUGCCUGUAGAAAUUAAAGAAGAAAAUCAACAAAAUAAUUGUAAUAAUUCAAAUGCUAAUGCAAUGCUUUUUGCCGUAGUUUUACUUUUGUUUGUUUGUAUAGGGCCACAGGCUGCUGCCAGAUUACUUUAUGAAUGGCAUGGAAUUUAUCAUUUAAAUUCUGUUUUGUAUACUUGCAUUACUCAACAGGUAAAUUGA